AAAAAAAAACAAAUACUUUGCUCGGACAAAAAGGCUACUACGCCUGCACGCACUGUCUCUUCACCAUCUCUAAAAAUCUCAAUCCUUUCACAUACUUUACUGGCUUUCCUCAAAACCCUAAUCCUCCGAUCUGUAUAACCUCCGAUCAGGAACAUUGGUGGAUUCCCCGAUUCUUGGGAUGGCAUUUCAGUAAUAAUGAAAGUGGUGGUGAGAAGUCAUUUGAAUCAAUGGGCGUAGGCGUAGCUCAGCUCAACAAGAGCGGGGGGUUAUGGAAGUGGAGAUCUUUCUCGGGCCAGCCCAAGAGGACCGUAAUGUGGAAAUGGGUUUGCGGUUUCAUGCUUUUCUCCUUGGGUGUCAUCUCUCUCUUCACCGGCCACGUUGUCUCCCACCUCGAGUGGGCUCAGCAGCUAAGCAAACGGAGCUUACUGGAUAUGAGCCGUAAGGAACCUAUUGAUGUGUGGAAGUCCAAGUAUUCCAACUUCUUCUAUGGAUGCACUGAGAGAGGAAACAGCUUCCCACCUGCUGUUCAGGAGCAUAAGUCUAAUGGGUAUUUGCUGAUUGCAGCCAGUGGAGGUCUCAACCAGCAAAGAACAGGAAUAACAGAUGCAGUCGUUGUUGCACGGAUUCUUAAUGCCACUUUAGUUGUACCCGAGUUGGAUCACCACUCUUAUUGGAAAGAUGACAGUGACUUCAAUGACAUUUUUGACGUUAACUGGUUCAUCUCUUCCCUCACAAACGAUGUAACUAUAGUAAAGAGAGUUCCCGACAGAGUCAUGCGGUCCAUGGAGAAACCUCCUUACACCAUGCGUGUGCCUCGGAAGUCUACCCCUGAGUAUUAUCUCGACCAAGUAUUGCCAAUUCUCUCGAGGAGACAUGUUUUACAAUUGACAAAGUUUGACUACAGACUAGCAAAUGAUCUGGACGAAGACAUGCAAAAGCUGCGCUGCAGGGUCAACUAUAACGCUUUAAGAUUCACAAAGCGGAUACAAUCAGUUGGAAUGAAAGUGGUCAAGAGGAUGAGAAAGAUGGCCAAACGUUUUAUAGCUGUCCACUUGAGGUUUGAGCCUGACAUGCUAGCCUUCUCUGGUUGUGACUUUGGGGGCGGUGAAAAAGAGCGAGCUGAGCUAGCAGAGAUAAGAAAACGAUGGGACACAUUGCCUGAUCUGGACCCUCUAGAGGAAAGGAAGCGUGGGAAAUGCCCACUUACCCCUCAUGAAGUGGGCUUAAUGCUGCGUGCUCUUGGUUUUGCUAAUAACACAUACAUCUAUGUUGCUUCUGGAGAGAUCUAUGGCGGUGAAAAGACACUGAGACCACUCAGAGAGCUGUUUCCAAACUUUUACACAAAGGAAAUGCUUGCCAGUGAUGAGCUCAAGCCUAUGCUUCCCUUCUCUUCACGCCUUGCUGCCAUUGACUACACAGUCAGUGACGAAAGUGAUGUCUUUAUUACUAAUAAUAAUGGAAAUAUGGCCAAGAUUCUUGCAGGCCGAAGGAGGUACAUGGGGCAUAAGAGGACCAUAAGGCCAAAUGCGAAGAAGCUUAGUGCAUUGUUCAUGGACCGGGAAAAGAUGGAGUGGCAAACAUUCGCCAAGAAAGUGAAAUCUUGUCAGCGAGGGUUCAUGGGUGAUCCUGAUGAGUUCAAACCAGGACGCGGUGAGUUCCACGAGUACCCGCAAGCUUGCAUUUGCCAGAGACCCUUCUCUUACGACAAAACCUCAACGGAUGAUGAAGAAAAAGACAUACCAGGAGAGUUCCACAACAGCACCAGCUCUGGACAUGGACAUUUGUCUUCAGCAGAUAAUGAGCGCGACGAAGUCUUCCCCGACUAGUAGAUUGGUUCGUUGGCUUUUACUGUAACAUACUACCAUUAGAAUCCAGAUGGUUUUAACUACAAGUGUUAUGUUGUUUCAGCAGAGUUGAUCAACAACACAUGUAGAGGAGAGAGGUAUAGGAGCUUCCUACUUAGCUGCUUGUUUACUUCAAAGUGUUUAUAGAUACUUCUAUCGAAUAGGCAUACAUAACUCACCUCUCUCUUUGUUUCUUUCUGGUUUUGAGAACACCACCUAAACUAUCUCGUCUUGUAUUUUGUACCUCAAAUCUAGUUUUUUUGUUUGUCUUAAACCAAUUGUUUUUUUUUUGUAUUUCCUAGAUUCCUGAAGUGUAAAAUCAAGUUUUUCUCUCUGAUC